UUAGACUGUUCAUAACAGUGUUUUUCUUGCUUUUCAGAGCAAACUUGAUGAUUACCAGGAACGAAUGAACAAGGGAGAACGUCUGAAUCAAGAUCAACUGGAUGCAGUGUCAAAAUACCAGGAAGUGACAAAUAAUCUGGAAUUUGCUAAAGAACUGCAGAGGAGUUUCAUGGCUCUGAGCCAGGAUAUCCAGAAGACAAUAAAGAAGACAGCUCGCAGGGAGCAGCUGAUGCGGGAGGAGGCUGAGCAGAAGCGUUUAAAGACUGUGCUGGAGCUGCAGUUCAUUCUGGAGAAGCUGGGGGACGAUGAAGUUCGCAGCGACUUGAAACAAGGCUCCAAUGGGGUCCCAGUGCUGACAGAGGAGGAGCUCACAAUGCUGGAUGAGUUCUACAAGCUGGUUUACCCCGAACGAGACAUGAACGUGAGGUUGAAUGAGCAGUAUGAGCAAGCAUCUGUUCACCUGUGGGACUUACUGGAAGGGAAAGAAAAACCAGUUUGUGGAACAACCUACAAAGCCCUGAAGGAGGUGGUUGAACGGAUCCUUCAGACCAGUUACUUCGACAGCACCCACAACCACCAGAAUGGGCUGUGUGAGGAGGAGGAGGCAGCACCUGCCCCUGCAGUAGAAGACACUGUGGCAGAGGCUGAACCUGAUGCAGCAGAAGAAUUUACUGAACCAACUGAAGUUGAAUCAACUGAGUAUGUAAACAGACAAUUCAUGGCAGAGGCUCAGUUCAGCAGUAGUGAGAAGGAACAGGUAGAUGAGUGGACAGUUGAAACGGUUGAGGUUGUAAAUUCGCUGCAGCAACAGACACAAGCGACAUCUCCUCCUGUUCCUGAACCUCACACGCUCCCCACUGUGGCUCAGGCAGAUCCUCUGGUGAGAAGACAGCGAGUACAGGACCUCAUGGCACAGAUGCAGGGCCCCUACAACUUCAUGCAGGACUCCAUGCUGGAAUUUGAGAACCAAACACUUGAUCCUGCCAUUGUAUCUGCACAGCCCAUGAACCCAGCACAGAGUUUGGACAUGCCACAAAUGGUUUGCCCUCCAGUUCAUGCUGAGUCAAGACUUGCCCAGCCUACUCAAGUUCCUGUGCAACCAGAAGCUUCACAGGCUUCAAUGUCACUGAAUGCAGACCAGACCCCAUCCUCAUCAUCACUUCCCACUGCAUCCCAGCCCCAGGUGUUCCAGGCUGGAUCCAGCAAGCCUUUGCAUAGCAGCGGAAUCAACGUCAAUGCAGCUCCAUUCCAAUCCAUGCAAACAGUAUUCAACAUGAAUGCACCUGUUCCUCCUGUUAAUGAGCCAGAAACCCUUAAGCAGCAAAAUCAGUACCAGGCCAGUUACAACCAGAGUUUCUCCAGUCAACCUCACCAAGUAGAACAAUCAGAUCUUCAGCAAGAACAACUUCAGACAGUGGUUGGUACUUACCAUGGAUCCCCGGACCAGACUCACCAGGUGGCAGGCAACCACCAGCAGCCUCCCCAGCAGAACACUGGGUUUCCCAGGAACAGCCAGCCUUACUACAAUAGCCGAGGGGUGUCCCGUGGGGGAUCCCGCGGGGCCCGGGGGCUCAUGAACGGUUACAGGGGACCGGCCAACGGAUUCAGAGGAGGAUAUGAUGGAUACCGUCCUUCCUUUUCCAACACUCCAAACAGUGGUUAUACGCAGCCCCAGUUCAAUGCUCCUCGGGAUUACUCAAACUACCAGCGGGAUGGAUAUCAACAGAAUUUCAAACGUGGCUCUGGACAAAGUGGACCUCGGGGAGCUCCUAGAGGUCGUGGAGGACCCCCAAGACCAAACAGAGGGAUGCCUCAGAUGAACGCUCAGCAAGUGAAUUAAACACGUUCACAGGAUCACGUUCAACGCCAAAAACACGCUGGCCAGUGUACAAUACAUGUUACCAGAAGAGUUAUUAUCUAUUUGUUCUCCCUUACAGGAAGUUUGUUGUAAAGGGACUAUUUUCAUUGCCCAUAAUGACAGGACUACAGUUGCCAGCUUUAUAUUACCUGGAUAUUGAAAGGAACGAAACAACGUUUACUCUGCAUGUUCUGUCCUAAGCAUCAUCUUGAGCCUUGCACAUGAGAUUCAGAUUCCUCACCCUUGCUAAGAAUAAAGCAAAAAAAAAAGGCAAUUUACAGGGUGAUCCAAUCUCCAUGGUUAACUGAAGUGGCAGGAAAAAAGCAAAGACUCACUUCUGACAUUUAAAAGCGAUUUAACAAAUUGGGAUAAAAUCUGCAAAUUCAUAAAUAUUUACUGUGGUGGCAAUUGACAAAACUUAAUAUGCCCAUGAAAGGAUGGAAAAGGUGAAGUGUGGCUUGGUAGAGCAACUGCAUUUCAGCUUUUUCUUAUUAAAUUGAAGCACUGAACAGUUAAAGAUGUGUAGUGAUGCAAUUGCCCUCAAUAGACAGAUGGGCUUAGAGCCAGUUUUUGACAAAGAAAGCACCCUUAGCUGCAGCCUCCUCAUCACCAGGGCCGUGAUUCCUGUGGCUAAGGAUUUAAGAGCGCUUGCAUAACUGCUAAUGUAACUGUGUAACUAUUUUUUUUUUAGGAGAAAAGGAAAAAAAAACCCAAACCCAAAGCUUUGAUUUGGCACUUCAACAAAAUUUUGCAACAAUUGUGAGAUGUAAUCUGGAUGGCCACUGUAUAUUUGAUGUGAAGUAUUUAGGUAUCUCUUUGAAACACUUUUAAGUUCCUUUGAUAGCAAUGACUUUUGUAAGGAUUGGUAUUCUCUAUCAUUCCUUAUGACUUGCACAUUGUCUGUCACUAAUACUUGACCUUGCUGUAUUAUCACCUAAAUAACUGAUGCCGGUACUGAUGGAAAUCUCUAAUGGAUAAUCAUAACACUUUUGGUCACAUGUCCUUUUGUCUUUCCUGCAGCCUUGAAGGUUUGAAGAAAUCUCAAAUGCCCGCUGCUGCUGCUGCCCUUUUAAUUGCUCUCUUUUGAAAAGCACCAGUAUGUGUUUGAGUUGAUUUCCCCUUUGAAGGGAAAUGACAGCCAGCAGUUACAGUUCUAAUGGUAUAAGCAAGACAAAUAAAACAUGUUUAUAAAAAUUGUAUCCUGGAACACUGGUUUUCAACGACUGAAACAGAUUCCAUGUGAUGGGGUGACAUUUCAUAAGGUUUUUUAUUUGUUUGAGUUUUUUUCUCCCUAAUAGUCUCUUUUUCCUGACUAGAUGUAAAUCCUCCUCCUGUUUUCCUGGUUUUUACUCUACUAGCUGUGACUUCUGGGAAACCUUUAUUUUUAUGGACUUUUCCUUUUCAUCAAGGCAGCGAUGUAUAAAAGCAAUGGCAUAAGCCUGGGAGCUGGAAAAUAACAAGUCUUACUCAAGUUUUACUGCAUCCUUGUGGUAUAAUCCUUGGAAAAAUCACUUGUGCCUGCCUUCUGCGCACAUGCACUCUCUCUGCAGUGGGGAGAAUAUUUUGAUGCUGCCUCCAUAGAGGUGUUGGUAGUUCUGUUGCAUUCUAUAGCACAUGCAAGAAGAAAAGUGCUAUAUACUCUAUGUUAAAUAUUGCUCAUCAAAUAAUUCCUGCCUGUGGAAAGGUGAAAUUAAGGAACAGCUGCGUGUUGUUUAACUGUUCUAUACAAAACUCAAGGUUGUUUUCACUCAGAACUCUCAGAACUUGCAGUCAGAUGUUUUGACUUCGUGGUGGAACAACCUGGGACUCCGUACAAAUAGGUGGUGAUCUCACUUUUCCAUGUCCUAUGUGAAGAGCACAAAUGAAAAAUGGUUUUGCAGCGGGAAGUGAUAAGUUUGUGAAGACAAUAUUCCACACCAGGCAUCCUGAAACGGUGCUGAUGUCUGGGAGCAGCAGUUUGAGUCAAGGCCUAAAAACAUUCCGUACCAGUAUCACAAUCCAAAAACUGCAGCUGGGGAGAAGUUGCUGUUCUGUGUCUUUUUUAGGAGGUUAUUACUGAGAUAAUAGUCCCAACUGUUUUUUAACUGGAAACAAAUAAAAAGACAAACCUUUUAAUGUCAAACUGA